AUGGCUAAAUUCAUCUUCAAAUCUCUUUUCAUCUUUUGGUACUGUUUUCUCCUUAGACAACUAAAAAAUCUCAUAGUUUUCCACAGAACUAUUAGCAACACUUUUGCUAGUACCACCACAACAUCAUCACAAACCAAAUACCAAAAAUUUCCAUCUCUUCUUAAUCGAUCAGACUUAAAUGACCAUACAUUAAUCUUCGAUGUCGAAAACACUCUUCUUAAAUCCUCUUCUCUGUUUCAAUACUUCAUGCUUGUAGCAUUUGAAGCAGGAGGACUUCUAAGAGCCAUUAUUCUUGUUGUCCUAUACCCUUUUAUUUAUUUAUCCGGAGAAAAAAUGGGGUUGAAGAUUAUGGUCAUGGUAUGUUUUUUUGGUAUAAAAGCAGAGAGCUUUAGAAUUGGAAGAUCGGUUAUGCCGAAAUUCUUUUUGGAAGAUGUUGGUUCGGAAAUUUUUGAGGUGGUUAAUAAAGGUGGGAAGAAUAUGGGUGUUAGUAAUCUACCUCGUGUAAUGGUGGAGAGUUUCUUGAAAGAGUAUUUAGAAAUUGAUUUUGUGGAUGCUAAGGAACUGAAAAUGUUUUGUGGGUACUAUGUUGGGUUGAUAGAUAAGACAGAAAAUGUUCAUUCUUUGAAGCAAGUUCAAGAGGGGAAAGGCUCUUUAGACAUGAUUGGAAUUACAAGAUUCAAUAGCAUUAGUGAACAUGAAAUUUUCUUUUCUUGCAAGGAAGUAUAUGUAGUGUCACAAGCUGAGAAAAGAAGUUGGAAAAAGCUAGCAAAAAAGAAUUAUCCAAAAGCACUUAUUUUCCAUGAUGGAAGAUUAGCACUAACACCAACACCAUUAAAAUCCCUUGCAAUGUUAAUAUGGCUUCCAUACGGAAUAUUCCUCUCCGUUAUCAGAAUCUUACUAGCCUUCACACUUCCUUUCAAACUCUCAACUCCGUUACUAAUCUUCACCGGCCUUCGUCUCACAUCCUCACUCCCCAAAAACGCAAACCCUAACAAACAAAACGACAACAACAAAUCCAACAGUCACCUUUACGUUUGCAACCACAGAACCUUACUAGACCCUCUCUACAUUUCAUUCUCACUACAAAAGAAACUAAUCGCGGUAACUUAUAGCUUAAGCAAAGUCUCAGAAAUAAUUGCACCGAUCAAAACGGUGCGAUUGAGUAGAAACAGAGACAUUGAUUCAAAAAUGAUGAAGAGGUUGUUACAAGAAGGAGACAUAGUUGUUUGUCCGGAAGGAACUACUUGUAGGGAACGUUAUUUAUUAAGGUUCAGUCCUUUGUUUUCUGAGAUGUGCGAUGAGAUAACACCUGUGGCUGUUGAUAGCCACGUCAGCUUGUUUCAUGGUACAACUGCUGGGGGUUUAAAGUGUUUGGACCCGGUUUUUUUCCUCUCGAAUCCUUUUCCGGUUUAUACGGUUCGGUUGUUGAACCAGGUUUAUCGUUCGGAGUUUUCGUGGGUUAAUGAGGAUGUUGAGGGUUGUAGAUUUGAAAUGGCGAACCGGGUUCAAGGUGAGAUAGGGAAUGCUUUGGGAUUUGAGUGUACGAAACUGACGAGAAAAGAUAAGUAUUUGAUUUUGGCUGGGAAUGAAGGUGUGGUUUCAAAGAGUUGA